GUAAGUUAGAUAUAAGUCAACAUACACUACUGUUUUUGUGGUCUUAUUUAACAAAUUUUAUAAUUUCUUUUAAUGUUAAAUUCUAAUCAUACUGAUGGUCAAACAAGUAAUUCAAACAAAAUACAACUAUCUCUGAUAACUAACAACCACUUUGAUAAAUGGAAUGUUCUUUUAAAUUACGGAUCUUUUACAAAAGAAUUUAGACAACUUUUAUUGGAUACACAUUGUUAAUGUUUGAUAUAUUGUAUUACUGUUGAUGAUAUUCCUUGCGGAAUAAUUUAUCAGUGAAUCAGAUUCAAUAUUUCAAAAAAGAUGCUGAAAAAUACAAAUCACUUGUCCAGUACCCCGUCUACUCAUCCAAAUGACCGUGAAAAACUGUUUGAUUUUGGACUACCGCCCAGUGCAAGAAAAGCUUAUGGGAAUCUCGCUGAACAAUCUACUAGGAAAGCCUAUAGUAAUAUUAAUCUCAGUGAUACAUUAACUGACACAGAUGAGGAUUAUUCACAAAAAGACCGCCGAUAUUCAUACUAUGAUCAUUCUAGUACCAAACAGAAUGCGAAAAUAGUGAAAGCAGGUUCAUUCAAUUGCACUGAUUCUUUUAGCUAUGAAAAUGGUUCAAGUGACUGGAAUUCAAGUAAUUAUCGUCACUUUCCACGAUUCAAACCUUCUGAUGAGAAAAUUGAAAAUGAUACACAAUUUGGUAAACAGUCUGAAUCACCAUCUAUAAAUAGAAAUAUUAGUCCUGUGGCAAUUGCUUCAUCUACACCAAAAAUAAAUCAUAAAACACCGACAGUUAUGAAUAUAACAAAUUCAUCUGUCGUUACAGGGAAUUCUUUUGAAGUUUCUGCCGAUGGAAUGAAUAAUAGUAGUAUUACUCAGAAUAAUCCAUUUUCACCAAGGAAUGCAACUCCUACUGCAGAAACUAGUGCAAUUGAUGAUUCACCCAGUAUGAUGGGAAGUAGUGUAAUAUCUCCUAGUAAGUUUAGAACUUUUCAGACAUCAGCAAACGAAGAUAAGGUUAAUAAUCAAUAUAAAAUGAAACAAGAUAAAUAUUUAAAGUCUUCUAAUAUUGUUAUUGUUCAUGCAGAAGAUGUGACUAAUAAUCACAAAGAGAUUUAUCCACGAUUUACUGAAAGUUUAAUGCAUUCAUAUAAAAAUCACAGCAUGGCAAAUUCACCAAAAGUGAGUAAUAGACAGCAUAUACAGUUAGUUUAUGCUAAACCAUCGAAAUUGAGAAGAGAUGUUAUGGCACAUAAUGACCGUGAAGAAAUAUCACCAGUAAAAAUGAGCAUUGCACCUGUAACUUUAUCAGCGCCUACAGAACCAUAUAUGUUUGAUGACUAUUUUAUAAUUAGAAGACCUGAUCUAAGUGAUAUACCUGAACAAAAGCUUGCAACUUUAUCUAAUCAAUUUGGUGAACUUAAUGAUUCUGUGGAACGUGUUAUUAUUCGUAUAUUCGAUUCAGCUGUAGUCCCAGGUGGUGCACUACGUGGUGUUGUUUAUAUAUGUCUUAAAGAACCAAUUAAAUUGAAUACUUUAUUUAUUACCACAGAAAUGGUUACAAAAACAAUAUCUUCAGAUGAGAAACAAGAUAUGGAGAAACGAAUACCUAUAUCAUAUACUGUUUUGUCAGAUGACCCAUCAGUUGGUAAAAGAAUGCCAAUACGUAAAUUUACUUGUCAAGAACCAGAAUUUAUGCAGUCACCAGUAAAAGAAGUUGAUCUUAGUGAUCCAUGUUUUUCACCAUAUAUUGGACCUGUCCAACUUGCUCCAGGUGAUCAUGCAAUUCCUUUUGCGUUUCCUCUUGAAAGUGAUGCACAUCCGUCAAUAUUACUGAAGGGUAAAGUUGGUUUUACGCAUGAAGUAGAAAUUAUACAUAGAUAUUAUAUCUAUGGAACCAUCAGAUUGAGUCGACCAAAUGAAAAUAAUUCAGUAACAAUCAGUACAGAUAAUUUAAAUGUCAAAGUUCUUAGUUGUGGUCCACCAAAUUAUACACUUCCUAAUGGUGGACGAAUACCAGCUAUCAUGAAAACAUUUACAAUGGAAAAUAGACAAAUGUUAAUACAGAUUGAAAAUAUAAUCUUUCAAGAGGCUGAUGAUAUUAAUAUUUAUAUAUUUACGGAUGAACCAGUUGGUAUACGUUAUGCUGAAGCUUAUUUACUUCGUAUAUUUCAUAUACCUGGAUUAAAAGUUUCUGAUACAAAAGCAUUAUAUAAAUUGAAAAAGUAUCCUCCUAAUGUUUUUAUUGAUGGCCGUACAGAAAAAACUACUUUUACUGAAAAUCUACCUUUACCAUUCUCUGAAGCAGCUGAAAUUGAAAGUGGACGAUUAUUUUCUAAUUCACAACAUUUACCAAGUCAUUAUCGUGAUUUUCGUGUAUCAUGUGAAUCUUUAAACUCAACAGAACAAUCACAAAGAACAUUACAUUGUGAUUCAUAUAAAGAUUUACCUAGAGAUGCCCGUAAAGCCGGUUGUCAUUUAACAUUAAACGUUCCAAUCAAUUCAGUUCCACAAAGCUGCUUAGAAUCACUGAAGAUAACUUAUUAUAUUAGGGUAGGUUAAUUGAAAGUAAUCAAGUCAUUUGACUAUAAUGUCAUACUUUUACUUAGUUUAUCACCCUUUGUCAGUUAUUUCUAAAUGUAAGUCAUAGAUUUCUACUCAACUUACGCUGUUGUGACCGGGAUAAGAAUUCAAAAUUAGAUUGAUUUACUCAAUAUGAUUUUUAUUCAACAUUAAUUCCGUUUUAAUUCAAUAUGAUGAUUACUGAGUAUAGUACUUGUUUCGUUUUCCCCUAUGACAUUUUAUUCUGUAUAACAUACGACAUUCUUAUAUGAAUUAUGGGUGUAAAAACCAAUAUAUAAAUGAGUGUAUUUCUGACUAGACGGGUCGGGAUUACACGUGCUUCUGGCUGCUUGCGGAAUAUAUUUCUCCGUUUCGAACAUGAACUUCUCUCUUUAGUUAGCGAGGCUGGAACGCAACAGAAUAGCUAGCUUAUUGGUUUUUAUCACAGUCUUUGUUGCUUUUGCAGACUAGGUGAAUUCGUAAUCGCUUCAAACACAGCAUACUCAUACACAGAAAGAUAAAUUGUUUAAUUUCAUUUUUCCCAGGAAGAAUUAAAAUAAUUAUUAGGUUUUACCAUGUUAUUUUAAAAAAAUAAUCUUAACUGAAUAGAUAUGUUUAAGUAACUUGGUAAACGAAAUAAUAAGUAAAACAAUUAGAAAUGUGUAUCAUUUUAAUUUAAUAUCACUUUUAUAUAGAAUUGUUAGAACAUAGUUGGUAAUGAAAUUCAGGAUGUGCAUUUCGUCCCAUUUGGGAAUCGCCAGCAGAAGUGAUGUUCACUCCGAGAUUCGAAGCCAGCACCAUUUGUUUAGAAAGCCUAUGCCUUAUCCAAUAAGAUGCGAAUCCCAGAUAACCAAUUGCUUGUGUAACAUUACUUUGUUAGGUUAAGUAGUUUAGAGGCGAUAGAAAUCUGAAAAAAUAGUUAAAACACUCGUUAAACUAUUUUGAGAAUGAUGGAUUGUUUUACUACUAGAUUAUUUUCACAGUCGAAGUCACGAGUUGAGCCAAACUAGACCAUCAUUGCGAAUCUGGAAGCACUGGACGGCCAUUUCGCUCUAGUAUGGGACUUCCCUGCAGUGCACAUCCACAAUUCCAUACGCAGGACUAAAACCCGGAACCUUCGGUCUCGCACGAGAACGGUUAACCUCUAGACCACUGAGUUGGCAUCCAACAGUGUUUGUAUCUGACUUCAAUCAGCCCAUGAUUUUGCAAAACCCUUCAUCCGUUGUCUGAGAUCGAUAACAGUCUGGCAAGUGACACGGUUUGGACUCCACUGAUCACGGCUUCUCACUUAAACUUCAGGUGAUCCAGAAGUUAGGCGUUCGUGUGCGAGAGCGAAGGUUCCAAGUUUGAGUUGAGCAUGUGGAAUCUUGGAUGUGUACUGCAGGGGAGUUCCAUACUAUGAUGAAAUGGCCGUCCAUUGCCUGCAGGUUUCCAAUUGUGGUCGACUUUAAUUCGACUCGUAAUUUCAAUUGCGAAAAUUCUACAACUUCCACAAAUCGUCAUGCUGAUAUUAGAUUACUGACAAAAGACACUCAUAUUACUUACAUUUGAUAAGAUUAGCUGGCGAGAAAAUUGAUAUUAUGUGCUACUAUCGUUGCUAUUUGGUUUGAUUUAAGCUACCACUAAAUGAAUCAGACAGUAAAUACUCAUUUUCUUAGAAUUAGACAAUCUAUACUAAUUAUCCUAACUGAUUCCUUUCUGUCUUUAUACUGUUUCUAAUUUUAUGCUAAUUUCUGAUUAUUUUUAUCAGCUGAACAGUGGUAAACAUUUGAUCUAGUUUGUUCAACAUUAUAAUAAUUGCUUUGGUAUUAUUUUGUAAAUGGCAUCAACUGAUUAUCAUUAGCUAAAUCUACCCUAAUUAAACCAUGAAUUUAGUUUAUGUCAGGUUUUUAAUAUGUAUUGGAACUUAAAAAUAUGAUUAAAAUCAUCUGUGGUAUUGUUAUAGCUUGAGAUUCUAAUCGAUAUCAUGUGCUAUAUUACACAAUGAGGGUUCCGAUUAUCUAAUAAUCCACCUAUACAGCGACUGGUACUGGCAACUUCCCAUUUCACGAAUUUACACAUUGAUUAAUUAAACACAAACAAGGCCUUAAAGCUUAUUGCUUCUUGAACUUCUUUUAACACGAUAGCCAGCUGGAAGAUGAAGUUGGAAAACAGAUUAGUUCUCACUUGUACUCAAAACGCCUACAAUAAUAUACAUGAAUUGACUGACCAAACAGUACACCAAGUAUGAAAUCAUACUUUAAACAUAACAUUGCAAUAAAUGGUAGAGGAUGAAGCAAACAAUACAUAAUUAGUUGGCAAUAAAUAAAGGAUAGUAAGACAUAUAGCAGUGUUUACUAGGUGUACUGUAAGCUGAUAAUAAGAUAAAUAUGGAAAUACGGUAAUACAGUUAUCUACGAACUAUACCACAGAAAUAUGAAUGGUUAUAAUCCGAAAGUUUUAACUUGCCCACUAGUCUUCUCGUUAUAAUAAGUACCUAUUUUAGGGUUAAAACUUCCCAUGUAAAAAUGCAAAAUAAAAUGUUCAGCUGAUAAGUACUUAAAGAGUGUUGAUUCGCUCAUUCCUCUGUAUUAACAUUUGCUAUUAAUAAAUGCAUUUGAAGUGACAUAAUGUAAUAUUUUUACUAAACUUGCUACAUAUAUACUAAAAUGAAUGUCAUUAAAAAGCCCGUUAUCAUUUUUUAUUAAUUAACAGUUAAUCAGAAUUUUCAGUGAGACUAUAAUUUAUGGACAAACCAAUCAGAUUUAGGAUGACAUUUCUUGGAUUUUGGCUCGAAAUUCAUUCAUUCACUUGGCUAAAUAUAGUUUUUAGCAUUUUAGCUUAUGUACUUAUACAUGGUAAACGUAAAGUAAUGGCUUAUAGUUUACCAAUAUCAGUAGUUGAACAACGUACUAAAGAUUAUAAAAUGCGUUAUUUGGGUGAAGGCAAUCAUAUAUACGAUCCAGAAUAUUUAAAAUUAAAACGUGACAGUAAAUGUUCCGUUUCAUAAAAUUUGGAUACAAAUAAAUCAACUGAUAUAAUACAAUGAAAUUUAAAAUUAGUAAAUUUAUCAAUCAUUAGUUAUAACUUAUCUAGGAGAAAAACGAAGUGAAAGAGAAAAAAAAACUCAUUAAUGUUAGAUUCUUUUUGUUUGUUUGUUUGUUUUUGUUAUUGUCUUGAAUUCGUGUUGUUGUUGUUGCUGUUGUUGUUGUCGUCGUCGUCGUUUUGUUUGUUUGUUUUUCAUCUACGUUGUUACAUUGUCCAUUAUGUUUUGUUAUGAUACAUAGUUGUGGAUUCUUUUUAAAUUCACUUAUUUAUUUUAUUUGGUUAGUUUUGAUCUCUUUUCAUCUGCUUAAUUAACUAAGUUGAUUUGCUAUUAAUAAUUACCAUCAUUGUAUUCUAUAUCUUUGAUUUUAUCGAUUUUCUGAUAAAAAAAUAUUACAAAAGAGUGAUACAUGUUCCAUCCAUUAAAGUUACUCAUCAGUCAAUUUAUUUAAUCAAUAAUUGAUUAAUAAAUAAAUAAACAAAUAAAUACUGUGGUAAACAUUUACAUGAAUUAAAUUCCUCCGAAUAGAAAAUGUCUUGUUUCUUCUAGUUAAUCGAUAUGUGUUUAUAUACAAACAAACAAACAAACAAACAAAACGCCUACAUGUUGACGGAUAAAUAGUAAUAAAAGAUAAAUAUCAGAUGGGUUUUGUGGAGAUUGUAGUAAUUUCAAUGGUUAAGAUCAUGAGUCAGUUGAUAUGCUCAAUAGUGACUGGCUUCACGAGGUAUAUCCUGGAGUUCUAGUGAGAAGUAGUGACCAGUGGAGUUCAACCAGGUCUGUUGUGAGAUAGUAACUCACUGAAGAUAGUGGUGAAUAUGUCACUCAAUUUCGUGGAUUAGUUGAAGUUAGAGAUUGACACCGUUGGAUGCCGGCUCAUCAGUGGUCUAGUGGUUAAGUGCUCGCGCGCGAAACCAGUAGGUCCUGAGUUGGAAUCUCGCAGGGGGCGAGGUCGUGGAUGCGCCUGUCGAGGGUUCCACGAUGGGACGAAAUGGCCGUCCAGUGCUUCCAGGUUUUCAAUGGUGGUCUAGCUUCAAUUGACUCAUGAUCUUGACCAUUGAAAGUAAUAAAAGGUGUUUUUUUCUAUCUUGAUUCUUUUUUUUCAUUUAAAAGAAUUGGAUACAAAAAAUUGUUUUCGAUAUUUGAAUUUAUAUAGGUUCAUUCGAAAAUAAUAUUGUUUGUGGAUUAGAAGAUUAUCGAAUAGAAGAUUCUAGAUUCGUACCUUGACUACUUGUUUGUAAUUAUUUCUGUGUAGUUUCACAUUAGGAUAGGAAAUUAGUUCACUGGUUUCAUGGUUUCCAAUGAAUCAUUCCCUGAAGUUAUUUCAUGAUGAAAACCAUUCAUAAAAUUAAGUAAUCUCAAUAAACUUUCUCAUUAUGUUUAUAAUUUGGAAUUUAAUAAGUUAAGUUCAAUCUUAUAUCUCAAUACUGGAGAAAAGGAUACUGUAAUAACGUUUAAAGAAAUUACUCUUAUUAUUUGCAUAUAAGUUUAAAAAGCUCAUCACUUAAAACGUGUAGAGAUUACGUUGACUAUACGUAGAUAUUUCACAGAUUGAAAUCAUGAGUCAGUUGAAGCUAGAUAGUUCAACUGAAUUGUAGUUUCUAAACAAUUGUAUUGGUUCCAAAAAUAUAUAUAUGAAAAUCAUACAUGUAAUAUAAUAAAUAACAGACACUAUGUGAAUACUGUUGGAUUAACGAAGAAUAUCAUCUCAUCAAACUUUACAGUUAUAAAUUUAAUUUAUUAAUCUAAAAGAAUGGUCAAGUUAAAGCUCAAAUAGUUCCUUUAAAUUCAUUCAUAGUUUAUAAGUUAAACAUAGUUUCUAAAAUAAAAU